UUUGUGUACAUCAUAUUGGCGUUUGGCGUUUGGCGUUUGGCGUUGUGUUUUUGCUAGACAAAGAUGUCGACCAGAUCGAACUUGUACAAGAACCCUUCUUUUGCCUACAGAAGAUCUUACAGUCUCUCCUCUGUUCUACAAAAUCUUCAAACUUAUAAUACCGUUACCGGAAAUACUCCGCCGACGAACGAAUCUCCCGUCACUGCCGCCGACGAUUCCACGCCUCGCCCUAAGCGACGUCGUCAGCAGCAGCCAUUAAAGCCUCAGCAAGUUGUAGUUGAAGAUGAUCGUCCUUUGUCUCACCAGGAUUACAUUCACUUAAGAAGGCAGGAAGCGUGUUCUUCUCACGUAAUCGAGAAAUUAACUCCAGAUGUAUUGGGAUUCUCUGGUUCUGGUCUACAAUUGGUGGAUUAUGGGAGCGAUAGUGAUGAUGGUGUUUCAAAGUCAAAUGAGCUACGGGGAGAACCAGCUUCAGAUCAUAUGGAGCAAGUUGAGAAUAUAAAAACUAGAAAUGAGCAGCGAUAUCCUCUUCCCGGAGAGCCUAUCUGUGUUAUUUGUGGUAGAUAUGGGGAGUACAUAUGUGAUGAGACUGAUGAUGAUAUCUGUAGCAUAGAUUGCAAGGCUGCAUUGCUAAAUCAAAAGCAUGGUGACCAUACCAGGGGUGCUGUUAACAGUGAAGCGUCAAAGUCGUCUUCUUUCAAGCCCCACGAAUCAGUAGUAAUGGCUGAAUUGGGUGAAGAUUCUUGGGAUUUUGAUCGUAAUCGAUGGUCUAGCAAGAAAUCUUGCUUAUCCACUUAUGAAUGCUGGAAGUGCAAUAAACCUGGUCAUCUUGCUGAAGAUUGUUUAGUCACCAAACCUUGCCUUCAACCACUUGGCUUGACUCAACCCAGUAGUCAGGGUGCAGUUCAGCAGAAGAGAUCCAUAAAUAUAUCUACAAAUCUUCGUGAAUUGUAUAGAAGAUGCCAUCAGAUAAAGAAGACCAUGUCAAAUGCCAAAUGCAAUUUGUGCUGUAAUUCCAUCUCCUUGGCAACCUGCCUUGAUUGCAGUACCAUUAUCUGUGACAGUGCAGGCCAUCUGUUUGCGCAUAUAUCUACUCAUCCUGCUCACCAUCAUAUCUAUUCUCAUAAACUUCAGCGCUUAGUCAAAUGCUGUAAGCCAACAUGUGAAGUGAGUAAUAUCAGAGAUCUUUUAGUUUGCCACUACUGUUUUGACAAGGCAUUUGACAAGUUCUAUGACAUGUAUACUGCAACAUGGAAAGUUUCUGGGCUUGCAAUGAUCUGGGGAUCAAUUUGCUGUGAGGACCAUUUUGAAUGGCAUAGGAUGAAUUGCUUGAAUGCAGAUGCUGAAGGUAGUGCAUACAUAUACCGGAAAAUGGCUGGGAGAGGAAAGAAUAUUCGACUCAGCAACUUCAUAUUUUGAUAAGAAAUUUGCGCACACCAAAAUUUGUACUUUUGUGCAGUCACUUUGCCAGAAACAGUGAUCAGUGGACAAUUAGAGCUCAUAUCGAAGCCUCAGAUAAUGCCUGUUGAAGACUCGAGCAGGUCGAACAUAAAUUAUGCCAGGUAACACAUUUGCUGAAAUUACUUAAUCUAUGUCAAAAGUUCUAUGUAAUUUGUACAUAUUUGGCUUAUGGAGAAUUCUCUAGAUCUGCUUGACUUUUUGGGUUCGCGGUUGCAACAGUUUUAUUCAUCUUUUCUUUUAUUCUUUUCUUAUAUGAGUAAGAUUUGGUCACAUGGUAGCUUCCCGAAUGUUGUUUGAUUGCCACCGAAUUGUGUAAUCUAAUUAUGUUGUGUGUAUUACAAUAUUUUGUUGGAAACCAGCCCGAUAAAUUAUGGUUUUAGUGCAUUUAAUUUUAUUCUUGCUGGGCUUGUUUCUAUAAUAAAAGACCUUGUCAAAA